AUUUGAUGAAUAAUUUUAAAUAUUCAAAAAUUUAUAAAGCAUGGAAUAUUUUUUGAUUUUAUUCCUAUUAUCUGUAGCACUAUCAAAUGCCCAAGAAAACGGCAUAUUUAUAACCCCGAACAGCCCCAAAAUUUCCAGAAAAUUAGGGGAAAAUUUUUACGCCAUAUGUACCGGUAAUGGCACCCCCAAGCCCUACAACAUAAAAUGGUUUACUCCAUCCGGGGAAGAGAUGACCGACGAAAAUAGAAAGAAUUACGCAGAACACACUGAAGAAAAGGCGCGUGUAUACGUAUACAACAUAAGCCGAGAGGAUGUGGGCGUAUAUACAUGCGUGGCAGAAAUCAGCGGCUCCAAACUUAUGAAAACUAUUGAACUCACUACUUACCAACCGAUAGAAUUUAUACAUGCCCCAGAAGAACAGGAGUUGGUAGUCAAUACGACAUCCAAGGUUUAUUGUUCCGUUAUAGGAGAACAACCUCUCGAAGUUACUUGGCCUCUUGUCGCCGGCAGUACAACACCCAAUGAUAGGGUGUUAUUUCAAGAAGAUGGGUUAUUGAUAAAAUCAGUGCAGCCCUCGGAUGGAGGCCAAUACAUAUGCUUAGCAACCAGCACCGAGUUAGGAACUAUGAUGGAAAAACACAUACGCGUCAAUGUUACAUCUCCUCCAUUAUGGGUCAAUCCUCCUAGCGAUGUUACUGCACAUAUCGGAACUAACAUUAAAGUAUUAUGCCAGGCGGACGGUAAACCACAACCAGAAAUAACCUUUUACAAGAAUUCUGUCAAAAUAUUUAAUGAUUCCAAUUUCCGCAUUAAUCCAAGUGAAGGAUAUAUGCUCAUAAAUGACAUUAAGAAAAACGAUGAAGGCUUUUACAAGUGCGAGGCGGUUAACAGACCAGGAACAAUCAUGUCUGAUUUUAAAAUCAAUUUACUAGAACCUCCUAUUAUCAAAAGAUUUGAUAAUCAUACAGUUAAACAAAACGAAAAUCUUACUGUGGAAUGUAUGGCUGAAGGUGAUCCGUCUCCUACAAUCCAUAUCGUUAAAGAAUCAAAUGAUCAAAAAUCACAAAUACUCGAUGAAAACAAUUCCAGGGUAUCAUUCGAAUCAUUCCUUCUCUCUUCUCAAAUAGUCAAUGCGAUUUUAAUCAUAAAAAAUGUAUCCAGGUCAGAUGCCGGUACCUAUUCAUGUGUAGCUGAAAACAACGCGGGAAAUAGUAGGCAAAACAACUUAGUGACUGUUCAAUACGCUCCGAUAAUCGACAAAUUAAUUAGCAGGAGCGUAUAUUUUUUAUGGGCAGGUCAUUCCAUAAAUCUUACCUGUAAAGCUGAUUCAAACCCAAUGUCCAUCUUUAGGUGGUAUUUUAGAGACAGAGAUCUAACUACCUAUUCCUCGAAAAUUUAUUAUGAUCCUAUAGAUGGAAUAUCUAACUUUUUGGUAGAACAUAAUCCCCGUAUUUAUGGGGAUGGAUGGAGGUGCGAAGCUUCCAAUAUUUACGGCACGGAUCGACAUGAAUUUAUUAUCAAAGAAGCUGUACCACCAUCUCCACCUUCCACUGUUCGCUUUACACACGUAACCCCAACUACCGUCAAUUUCCAAGUAUCCGAAAAUGAAUUAUUUCACGACGAUUUAAAUCCAAUCCUCAAUGUCACGGAUAUAUACGUCAAAUUUAAAACUUUCAAUCAGGCACCUAAUGAUAUUACGAAAAACGAUCAGAUCAAAAAAUUUAUGAUUGGUGGUCCCUACAUCAUAGACAACUUACGGGCUGAUACCGAUUAUAUUUUCACGCUAUACUUCGGAAACGAAGUAGGAAACGGCAAGGAAUCAAAAGAUUUUCACGUAAAAACCUCAAAAGAAAGGGUUCCUUUUUCUCCAACAAUUGUUUCUCCCCCUAAGACAAGUAAGGAAGAACUGGGUUACGAUUUGAUAUGGAAAGAACCCUUAGAUGGUGGUAAACCGGUCUUAGACUAUGAAAUUAAAUGGAUCCAGGGUACAUCAUCUAAAAACUCCACUAAAUUCAAGCCUCAUAAGUCAAAAGUUUACCAAAUUGAAUGGAUAAAAGCACCCAUAAACCAUUUUCGUAUCAAAUAUUUGCUGCCAGAUUCGAUUUACAAAAUAGAAAUUAGAGCAAGAAAUUUAAUAGGCCUAAGCCUGCCAGAUAGUAUUGUCAUCAGAAUCAUGUCAGAUCAAAUAUCUGCACCCUUAGGCCCGGGUGAUUACAAUCCCAGUCACAGGGGACUGACUAAAAUAGCUUGGAUGGCACUGAUUAUUUUGAUUUGCCUACUGGCCCUCUUACUCGUGGAUUUAUAUUGUUACUGCAACAACAAGUGCGGGCUCAUCAUGUUCCUUUCUAUCAAAUUUAGGGGCAAAAAUUACGUGCGAGAGAACGGGGGAAUUGAUCUGAAAUCGCCCAAGGAUAUCGACAAAAAUGACUCAUCAACCAUAUCCUCUACCAAUAGACACGCCUUAAAUAAUCACGGUAAUAAUCACUUGCAACCUUUGAACGAGGAAAAACCAUUUGAAAAUUAUAUGCCUGCUUUAUCCGAAUUUUCUGAAAAUGCACCCAUGAUUUCGACACCAUUAUCUCAAAAUGAAGCUUAAAUCAAAGAAAAUGGACAUGAAGAUUCAUUAAAGUAUUGGAUAUAAAUAUAGCAUUUUAUUUUGUAUAUACACAACUUCACAAGGAAAAAAAAAUCUUAGAAAUAAUCUUUCGCCAUUCCAUAAAUUAUACUCUUUUUAAAACUUAUUUUAAAUUUUUUCGUGUUUUUAACAAAAAAUAUAUAUAUUUAUUAACGUAUACAAAAAAUCUGCUUCAUAGAUCAUCAUAUUAAAAUCAUAGCAUUUUUUUUUUAUUUAAAAACGCUUAUAA